AUGACGACAACAAGGCCCCGAGAUCAAUGCGUUCGCAGGGACGCUGAUGCCCACAAUCAACGCCCAUUAAUACGUGAGCGUCACUCACGAUGGGCAACGAUAAUCAUGGAUAAUCAUGGAAUCAAUGUGCUCCCUGCGCCAGUAGCACAAGGCCACAUAAUAAUUCACCUCCAAUCACGGAGAUCAUCCAAUCAAUUACCGUCUCGGGUAUCAUUCUUUGUGGUAUGCGCGACGAGCACAGGGCAAAAUUGA